CAAAAUUUAGAAAUACAAUGAUAACGGUACAGGUUACUCCAGGGAUUUACCUUCCUCUCUCAGGUACAUAAAAAGGAAAGCGAUAUUUCUUCAGAGUUGGAUUGGGCGUUAAGUUGUCGCUUUUGAUCCUCGAGGAAAUGAGCUUCUAGUGGAAAAAGCUCUUGGUGAAAUGGCCAACCAGAUUGAUAUUAUAACUACAAGCCUGGAAGCGUUGAUACAAAGGGCCACUAACGCUGGAAACCAAGGCCCUGACACUGCUGCAAUUGACGCUUUCUGCGGCCUAAUAAACAAGGAGCCAGAGUGCAUCCAGGUAGCAGCCAAGUUCAUAACGGCCAAAGUUCAUUCACUUCAAGAAUGGGAGGCCUUGCAAGCGUUGCUGUUAUUGGAAAAUUGCAUGAAACGCUGUGGUAGCGCAUUUCAUGCUGAGAUAGGCAAAUUCCGUUUUUUGAACGAACUUAUAAAACUAGUUUCUCCGAAAUAUCUUGGUGCUCAUACACCAGAACCCGUGAGACGGAGAGUUCUUGAGCUUAUGUACACUUGGACGAUCCAGUACCCAAAGGAAAGUAAGAUCAAAGAAGCUUAUGACAUGCUUAAGAAACAAGGCGUUAUCCAGGAGGAACCGCCGCCUUGUCAGGUGCUUAAAGAAGUGAGUACACCUAGGCAACAAGCUUCCAUUUUGCAGGAUAAGCAGUCACAACAACUCUUACAGAAAUUACUUCAAAGUAAAAAUCCUCAAGACUUACAGGCUGCAAACAAGCUUAUAAAAUCAAUGGUCAAAGAGGAGGAGAGGAGAGUUGAGGAGAAAUGGAGGGAUAAACUGGAACUUGAGAAAGUAGGCAAUAACUGCAACCUGUUGAAUGAAAUGUUAGACAGUUACCAAGUAGGGGUGAGCAGUGAGCAAGAACUGGAGCUGAUUAAGGAGCUCUACACUUCAUGUCAAAAUUUAAAAAUUGGACUCUUUAAACUCGCAACUACUACAACUGACCCUGCUUUUUGCACUGAGGUGUUGACUGUAAAUGAUGAACUCGAUGAGGUUUUUGUCAAGUACAACUCAUUAAUCGUGGAUCAAGGCCCAAGCAGGAAGGUUCAAACACCUGCUAAAAAGCAAGAGAAUAUUCCUUCACUUCUUGACCUGACUCCAAGCCCAACACAGGAAGCGAUUUCUACUGUCCCUGUUGACAAUUUUGCCAGCCUUUGUUUAAGUUCACCUGCGCCUGCAUGCCAGACGAGUCAGCCAUCUAUCAGUCUAGAUGCGUUACGUGAUGUGUUUAGUGAGAUCGUAGAAAAACCUGCCCCACUUUUGAACAAUCAGCCAAUGUGUACUGUCACAAAUUUUAUGCCAUCGAUGAAUGACAGUUUAAUGUAUGUACAAAGUGCAAUACAACCAAAUAAUGCUCAAGUAAAUGACAUACUACCACCGAAAGAGUCGGUGAAAUCAAAAGGUUUCGAAGAGCUGGACGUUUUAAGCGAGGCAUUGCUUAAGCAAAGCUUAGCUAACAUGAAAAAACCGUUGGAUGAAGAGGUGAAGGAAAAUGGUGAGCGCAACGGCCAGAGCCCGUUGAACUCAUAUCUGGCAGACGAUAUGAUGCUUAUUCUUGGUGAUAAUCACAUUAAUCCUAGUGAACCCGUAAAAGUUGAAACAAAAGCCCAGACAGAAAGUGAGAUUAUUAAAGGAAAGACAAAAGAAGAAAAUGGAGUUGUUUUACAGCCAUUAGGAGAUCUUAAAAUAACUUUAGAAUCUAUUAAACACAGUAGUGUGCCACCAUUCCAAGUGUUGGAUCAAAAAAAUGGAAUCAGCGUGGCACUAUAUCUAGCAAAAGAUUGUCCAAGAGCAGAUGUUUCAGUUUUUGUGGUUACAACAAGUAGCAAAAAUGAAAGUCCUUUAGAAAACUUCUUAUUUCAACCAGUGGUACCAAAGUGCUGCCGACUGAGGCUACUGCCACCUUCAAGCACUACCCUACCGGCAUAUAAACCGUUUCUACCACCAUCUGCAAUCACACAACUCAUGCUUAUCGCAUCACCAACCAAGGAACCCAUAAAACUGAAAUAUGUCGUUAGCUACACAAUGGACGAGGAAACUAUUACAGAAAUGGGGGAGGUCGAAGAACUUCUUAUGAAGGAAAAUUAGGUCUGAGUUCUGCUUGUAUUCAAUCUAAUAGUUAUUUUUAGAAGAAAACUUUAAAGAAAAGCCGUCAAGAGUUGAGGAUUCAACCAACCAGGCGGCAAAACCAUGGCUAUGUAAAUAUUUACAAACAAGUGUCAUAAUAAAGUGGACAGAUCAUAAAUUAGGGAUUAUGAAAAUUGUGUGAUGUGAUAAUUGUUACUGUUAUAUUUUGAAAAUAUAUUUAUUUCAAUUUUAA